GUCCUCGGUGAUCUUCUUGUUCACGAAGUAGCGCAGCUGGUCCGAGAGUCUCGUCAUGAAGGGCGUGCCUGUUGAUUUUUCCAUCCAUAUAUCAGCAUUUACCCCAGCCAAAGAGAUAAGAUGGGCGACGCACCAGGCGUGAUGCAGUUACUAUCAAACGCCUUCUCCUCGGGCAGCUUCUCGCCCGCGCGCUCCGCCUUCUCGCGGACCUCGCGCGCCUCUUUUGCAGUGCGGAAGCGACGCGAGCGUUGUUGAUUCAUCUUGGCGCGGGGGGCGACACCGUCGAUGGCCAUGAAGAAGAGCUUCUUGGGCUUGAUCUUGCCGAAGAGCAUGUCGACGUAGGCGAAGAUGGCGGUGAAGAUCUGUUCUUCGGACAUGCGGAAGUGGGCGUCGUCGUCAUUAGGAUGGGAGCCUGUGCGGAGGAAAACUACUGCAACGCCGAACCCGCUGCCCGCGUCUUUCCUGCGCGGCGGCACCUCCAAGGGCAUCUACAUCAACGCCGACCUCCUCCCCUCCUCGCAGGACGAAUGGACACCCAUCCUGUGCGGCCUCAUGGGCUCUCCUGACAGCUACGGCCGCCAGCUGAACGGCAUGGGCGGCGGCGUCUCCAGUCUCUCCAAGGUCUGCGUCGUCGGCCCGCCUCGUGCGCCUGAGGCAGUCGCGCAAGGCGCGGAUGUGGAGUACACAUUCGUGCAGGUGGGCAUCGACACGCCCAAGCUCGAUUUCUCGGGAAACUGCGGCAAUCUUACAAGCAUGGUGGGCGUGUUUGCGGUGGACGAGGGGAUAUGUCGCUCUGUGCGACUCAGCACGACCGCUGGUGAUACUCUGGGUAGUAAGAGCGCAGAUGCGACGCGCACGGGCACGGUCCGUCUAUUCAACACCAACACGCGCAAGCUCAUCGACACCACCUUCCCCGUCUCUGUCUCCUCUACUGCACCACCAGUGCCCCUGCUCGACCUCCCACAAACCCGCAUCGCAGGCGUCGACGCCCUAUCCUCCGCCAUCGCUCUCGACUUCCUUAACCCCGCGGGCACACGUACAGGCGCGCUCCUCCCUACCGGAAACCCCACCGACACCCUCACCGUCCCCUCCCUCCCACACCCCAUACGCGCAUCCCUCAUAGACGCAACAAACCCCACAAUAUUCGUCCCCCUCUCCGACCUCUCGUCUCAACUCCCCAACACACCCACCACCACCCUCGACCUCAGCGCACCCCCCGUCCGCAACAUCGUCGAACUAAUCCGCCAAGCAGGCGCACGCGCCAUGCGCCUCGACCCCACCGCCCAAGCCCAACCCAAAAUCGCAUUCCUCUCCCCCCCUCCAGACCCCUCCUCCGCCGACCUGCGCAUCGACGCGUUCUCGAUGGGCGUCCCGCACAAGGCCGUGCCCGGCACAGUCGCGCUCUGCGCGGGCGUCGCUGCGUCUGUCGAGGGCACCGUCCCAUGGGAGAUCGUCAGUGCCGCUCAGACGUCAAUUUCGUCUCGCGCAGACUGGAAGGAGGAAGAAGGGACGGAAACGCGCGUGAGGCUCAGGCAUCCCAGCGGGGACACCGAGGUCGGCGCUGUGAUCUCGCCCGAGCGCGAGGUGCAGAGCGCGAGACUGUUCAGGACGGGGCGGAGGCUUAUGAAGGGCGCCGUGUGGUGGUAAGCGUCUUGCAAGUAGGUACAGUCUCGUUCGACUCCGUGUACUAUUUCCAUUUUUUUUUUCACGGAUUCCAUGUUAUGUACUAUACCAGCCCAUGCACAGAGGAUUCUGCUAAAAGCUCAUGUCCAUAUCGUACAUGCGGGCUAUCUCAGUUCCAGACGCUCGGCGCAUCUACCCG